UGGGGAGCUCGAGGUAGGUGGCGUCGGUUUGGGGCUCUGGUGCUCAGCUGGUUUUUUUUCCUUUGCCCCCUUUUCUCCCCUUCUCUUGAAUAGUUUGAGGAGUUUCCCUUUUAUAGCCGCCAACAUGAGCGAUUCCGAAGAACAAACAUACAUCGAAAGGGAUUCACGUUCUCCAUCUAAAUCAGCAAGUUCAAGUCUUCGUGGAUCUGGCAAGUCUGCCAGCCAGUCUCCAGCAAAUUCUGCGGAACGCUCUCAUUCUAAGGAUGGGUCAAGGCACUCCCGGUCCAAGUCACGGUCACGUUCACGAUCCAAAUCCAGCAGGUCUAUAUCGCGGAGGAGUUCUCGGAGGCGUUAUUCAAGGUCUCGAUCCCGAUCUCGCUCUCGCCGUAGGAGAUCCAGGAGCAGGUCCUACAGCCCUGACUAUAGGCGACGUCGUAGCCACAGUCGCUCGCCCAUGUCAAACCGAAGGCGCCAUAUUGGUAAUCGGGCUAACCCUGACCCCAACACUUGUCUGGGAGUUUUUGGACUAAGUCUAUACACCACCGAGCGAGAUCUGAGAGAAGUCUUUUCAAGAUAUGGCCCUCUUGCAGGUGUCAAUGUUGUUUAUGAUCAACAAUCAAAUCGCUCCAGGGGCUUUUCUUUCGUCUACUUUGAGAAUGUUGAUGAUGCUAAAGAGGCUAAAGAACGUGCAAAUGGAAUGGAAUUAGAUGGACGCAGAAUCCGUGUUGAUUUUUCCAUUACUAAAAGAGCUCAUACGCCUACCCCUGGUAUCUACAUGGGAAGACCAACUUAUAGUUCACGUCGCAGAGACAGUUAUGACAGAUAUGACAGAUAUGAUGACCGAGAUUAUUACAGCAGGUCCUACAGGAGGCGUUCUCCCUCUCCAUAUUACAGCAGAGGUGGCUAUCGUUCUCGCUCCAGAUCACGCUCCUACUCACCACGUCGUUACUGAAGAUCCUUUAUAUCCAAAUGGCAAACGUAAGGCUAACAGACUUGUAGCCGAUCAAUUUGCUGAAGAUUUCUUUUGAAUGAUAUGAUUAUUUUUAGUCAUGUUUGUGUUUGGGUACCCCACCCCAGUGUUUAGUGCAAAACAAUGUUCUGGUUGUACUGGGUUGUUAUCAAUAAAAUAACUCUUUGUUAUAUUCUUGGGCUAGAACAAUAUGCUUUGUAAUCUUAAGCAGCUUCGAGUGUAGAGAACAUAAUGAGAUGUUAAAAUACUGAGCUGCUGCAGUUCUUUCAUUAAAUAAAAAAAAUGAAGUUUGGUGAUAAAUUAAUAUUGAUGUAUAAGAUUCAAUUUGUACUGGUGGCGACCUUCAUUUCUUUUUCCGCUUAGUCCCAUGAAUUCUGAAGUUUUUAUUUACAA